AUGCCUCCAAAGAAACAAGUUGAAGAAAAAAAAGUCCUUUUAGGUCGUCCAGGUAACAAUUUAAAAUCUGGUAUCGUUGGUUUAGCUAAUGUUGGUAAAUCAACUUUUUUCCAAGCUAUUACUAGAUGUCCUUUAGGUAACCCAGCUAAUUAUCCAUAUGCUACCAUUGAUCCAGAAGAAGCUAGAGUUAUUGUCCCAUCUCCAAGAUUAGAUAAAUUAAAUGAAAUUUAUAAACCAAAAUCUUUAGUUCCAGCUCAUAUUACUGUUUAUGAUAUUGCUGGUUUAACAAGAGGUUCAUCAACUGGUGAAGGUUUAGGUAAUUCUUUCUUGUCACAUAUCAGAGCCGUUGAUGCUAUUUAUCAAGUUGUUCGUUGUUUCGAUGAUGCUGAAAUUAUUCAUAUUGAAGGUGAUGUUAAUCCAUACCGUGAUUUAGAAAUUAUUUCAAAUGAAUUAAGAUUAAAAGAUAUUGAAUUUUGUGAAAAACAUUUAGAAGGUGUUCAUAAAAUUACUAAAAGAGGUGGUCAAUCUUUAGAAGUUAAACAAAAAAAGGAAGAAGGUGAAUUAGUUUUAAGAAUUAUAGAAUUAUUAAAAAAUGGUCAAAGAGUUGCUAAUCAAAAUUGGACUCCAAAAGAAGUUGAAGUUAUUAACACCAUGUUCUUAUUAACUGCUAAACCAUCAAUCUAUUUAAUCAACUUGUCUGAAAGAGAUUACAUCAGAAAGAAGAACAAACAUUUAUUAAUGAUUAAAGAAUGGGUUGAUAAAUACUCUCCAGGUGAUGUUAUUAUUCCAUUCUCUGUUUCAUUAGAAGAAAGAUUAUCACAAAUGGAAACUGAUGAAGAAAGAGCUGAAGAAGAAAAAAAAAUUGGUGCUACUUCAAUGUUACCAAAAAUUAUUACUACAAUGAGACAAAAAUUAGAUUUAAUUUCAUUCUUUACCGCUGGUGCUGAUGAAUGUCGUGAAUGGACUAUUAGAAAAGGUACUAAAGCUCCACAAGCUGCUGGUGUUAUUCAUAAUGAUUUAAUGAAUACCUUCAUUUUGGCUCAAGUUAACAAAUAUGAAGAUAUUAUUGAAUACAAAGAUGAAGUUGCUCUUAAAGCCGCUGGUAAAAUGUUACAAAAAGGUAAAGAUUAUGUUGUUGAAGAUGGUGAUGUUAUCUACUUCAGAGCCGGUGCUGGUAAAAACUAG